AUAUUCCAUCCUCGCCAUUUUGCAAUGUGGGAGACAGGGAGGCCACUUUUUUAUGGCUAACGAUUAAAACAAAGCAGUUUUAUGUGUUGAGGACAAAGAGCGUCGAGCCUUCCCGUGUCAGUCAUGGAGGAGAUCAGCAAUGUAGCUGUACUUAUAACCCACUCCUCCACUGCCUCCUCUUCCUCCUCCUCUCCGCCAGCACUGGGAUCCCUCUCUCAAACACAAACCCAGCAAGACGUAGAGGAGGACAGCUCCCAGAGCUUUCAGCAGAAACAAGCUGCAGAUUCUCUCAUCCAGGUCAUUGAGAAGCUCAGCAAAAUUGUGGAGAAAAGGCCUCAGCGCCGCUGCACCUUGGCUGGACAUAAAAGAGCCUCCUCUGCAGGGGGAGGAGGAGGAGGUGAGGAGGGGACGAGGGGGAGCAGAGGAGGCUCUCCCUUUAAGAAAAUUAAGAGGAACUAUAAGGGGCAAGAGAACACAGAGGAGGUGUUAUUAGAUGGCAGCAGGGCUGGUGGCGUUCUUUCUUCACCCAUUUCAGGUGACAGUAACAACAACAUCACCUCCCUGGUCGCCGAGGUAACAGACAACCCCAACAGCAGCAGCAACAAGCGGACAGUGACAUGCUAUCAGUGCAGCCUCUGCCCCUAUCUCUCCCAAACACUGCCCCUGCUGAAGGAACACCUGAAGCAACACAACGAGCAGCCCAAUGACCUCAUCCUCAUGUGCUCAGAGUGUCGCUUCACCUCCAGAGACCAGGGGCAGCUGGAGGCCCACGUCAGGCUGCACCUCGACAACGGCGGCAAUUCCACCUUGUCGGAUAUCUACAGCGAGGGAAAGGAAACGGUUAUAAGGAAUCAGGAGGGCGAGUGGACUGUGAGCGGUGGCAGCAUAGGAACCGAGGUGAUCAAAAACUCAUUGGACAGUUCCAAGGAGCUACCGCAGAAGAAGAAGUGGUACAGCUACGAGGAGUAUGGAUUGUACCGCUGCUUGAUCUGCAGCUACGUGUGCAGCCAGCAGCGAAUGCUCAAGACCCACGCCUGGAAGCACGCUGGCCUGGUCGACUGCUCUUACCCCAUCUUUGAGGAUGAAGACGUGGCAACCGCGAGGAGAGAGGUCCAGACUGCGGCGAACGCGGCUGCAGCCAGAGAGGAAGUAGUCGUGCUUUCCCCAGUUCUUCAAGAGAAAAACCUGCAAAAGCUGCCUACCGCCUUCAAGCUCCAGCUCUGCGUGCCAAUGGCUGUCGAAAACAAACAGAACGUGUCGAAUCAUCCGGUUUCUACUCUCGGUGAAAGUCCAAAACCAGAGGAAGAGGAGGAAAGUGUGUACCCGAUGAAAGAAGAGCCAAUGGUGGAGGUGCAGGUGACGACGGAGGCGGAGUCUGAGGUGGAGAUUCACAGUCACCAUGACAACGCCUCUAUCCCGGACAGCUUACUGUCAUCAGCUCAGAAGAUUAUCAACAGCAGUCCCAACAGCGCCGGCCAUAUCAAUGUGAUCGUAGAACGGCUUCCAUCAGCGGAGGAUUCUGUCAUGGCGACUAACCCGCUUCUUCUCAGCCCGGAUGUGGACCGGGACAAGAGCUUACUGGAGGCGGUGGAGGAGGAGGAGCGGGGCCAUGUGGACGCUAUAAAGGACAAGGAGGUCCCUGGCUGCAGUGAGGGGACCACUACUGACAGCCAGCCACUAGGAGCUGAUAUUAAACCCUCUGUUGCUAUCGGUAACGACUCACCACGGGAUGAAAACAUCCCCCCAGCUGGUCGCAAGAGGACACAUUCUGAGUCUCUCCGCCUGCACUCUCUGGCGGCGGAGGUCCUGGUAGCUAUGCCUAUGAGGACCCCCGAGCUCCCCACCUCCAGCUCCAAGGUAAGUCUAAAGACCACUACCACUCAGACACAAAGCCCUACCACAGGCCAGAAACUUGUCGAGGUGACUACAGCUGGACAGAAGGCUUCUGACGUAGAGACAACAGCCGCACUACUGGACUUGGAGAUUCACAGCGAGGGCAGAGAGGAAGAUCUGGGUUCCCUGUGCCUGGGGGAGGGAGAUGAAGAGGGCCCCGCCAUCAAAGCUGGCAUCAGCCUGUCGCUGCUCACCGUCAUCGAAAGACUCAGAGAGCGCUCGGACCAGAACGCCUCAGAUGAGGACAUCUUAAAAGAGCUUCAGGACAAUGCGCAGUUCCAAAACGGAGCCAUGGCCGGAGUGGUCACAGGGAACGGAGCUGGGAGCUACAUGUGUAGCAUCCCGGGUGUGGACGGAUUGGUCGCCUCUUCUGAUGGCGGUCUGGUGGACUACAUCCCCGGCAGUGAACGGCCGUACCGCUGCCGCCUGUGUCGCUACAGCAGCGAUAACAAGGGCUACAUUAAACAGCACCUACGGCUGCACAGGCAGAGGCAGCCGUAUCAGUGUCCCAUCUGUGAGCACAUCGCCUCGGACAGUAAGGACCUGGAGAGCCACAUGAUCCACCACUGUAAGACCAGGAUGUACCAGUGCAAGCAGUGCCCAGACGCCUUCCACUACAAGAGCCAGUUAAGAAAUCAUGAAAGGGAGCACCGCAGCUUCAGUGGUGACAUGGCCGCCCUCACACCAGUCACUGAAACCAUGGCCAUGGUGGAGGAAGCUGAGCGAAUAACAGAUGAAGAAUGUGGUCUGCAGAAGAUGUAUAAGUGUGAUGUGUGCGACUACACCAGCUCUACUUAUGUUGGAGUGAGGAACCACCGUCGGAUUCAUAACUCUGACAAGCCUUAUCGGUGCUGUAGCUGUGAUUUUGCCACCACCAACAUGAACAGUUUAAAGAGCCACAUGAGGAGGCACCCUCAGGAGCACCAGGCCGUGCAGCUAACGGAGCAGUACAGGUGCUCGCUGUGUGGCUAUGUGUGCAGUCAUCCCCCGUCUCUCAAAUCCCACAUGUGGAAACACGCUGGAGACCAAAACUACAACUACGAGCAAGUCAACAAAGCCAUUAACGAGGCCAUCUCCCAAAGCAGCCGAGCUCCUCAGAAGUUGACUGCGGUGCUGGAGUCGGUGGCAGAGCGCCCUGCGGGGACCCCGCUCUCAAAGGACAAAGCAAAGGGUCCAGUGGAGCCGCUGCCAGCACCCACAUCCACAACAACAACGACAACAACAACAACGACAGCAGGCCUGGCUGUGGACAGCUCAGCAGGUCAACCCACGCCCACCACAGACCCUUCACAGUGGCCUGGUGAGCCCCCAGCCCCCCAGGGACAGAAGGACCCUGCUCAGGCCCAGAGCCAGCCUCGCCCCGGCCAGGCCCCCGGCCCGGGCCCCGGCAUGGAAUACUGUGUGCUCUUGUUCUGCUGCUGCAUCUGUGGCUUUGAGUCCACCAGUAAAGAGCGUCUGAUGGAGCACAUGAAGGAUCACGAGGGAGACAUCAUCAGCAUCAUCCUCAACAAGGAGCAGCAGCAAGCAGAAGCACAACCAGGCCUCCAGACCACAGAGUGAGACCUGCCCCCCCUCCCUCCUUUUAUAUUAACACUGACCUGCUGCCCACAGAAACAUUUCAUUCUCUUUCUUUACCUCAAGGUGGUUGCGGUGGAAAUCAAAGGUGUAAAAAUGUCCGUCUACUGUACUGUAGCAGUCAAUUGUCAUUUCUCCAAAUGUCCUCGAGUUUCGGCGGGUUGAGGACUGCGAUUACUGCUGGCCAACGCAGACACCUUGAGAAAAAUGAUGAAAUUAUUUCGUGAGUGGCAUAUCCUUCAAAAGGAAUGUUUAAAAAAAAACAUUGUUAAAAACCGUGUCAAAUAGCUUGACAUUGGAGAGAUGUUUGGAGAAAAGUGGUUUAGAUUUCAAGGGAAAUCAAGCUCGAGCUCUAACCCAAGUUUAUAUUUCAACAUACAGGGACUAGUUCAUACCUCACAAAACCACACAAUCCCUCACCAGAAAUGGAAAAAAAAAAUCCAAUAUUUUCCUGUCUAGUUCAUAUAUUGACCAUAAGGCAGCUCUUUUCUUGCUACUGUAAUAUUUAAUGUGUUUGAUCGGACACAGUUGAGGCUCUAGCCUAGUUAAGGAGGUACAUGUGCAAACUCACCAAUGCCAAGGCAUGUAUCACAGCUUGAAUAUGAUUUCAUAUUUAUCACUUUAUUUUUAUGCAUGUUUCUGUUAUGCCAAUUUAAAGAGGCAAAUGUUAAUUAUUAUUAUUUGCAUUUUUCUGUAUGAGUAACUGUAAUUU